AUGAGUCCGAUUAACAGUCUCUGGUUCAAGUGGAAAAGCCUUCGAUUGCCCUGGCGAAGAUCCUUUCUCGUUGGCCACGAUCUCUCUGGGAAUACAUUCUGGGAAUUCAAGGAUACAUUGAACUCAGGGCGCUUUCGACGAAUAGUCAAACCUCGCCCCAGAACUCACUAUAGCGACCUCGAACUGAGCCCUCAAUGGCACCAAUGGCUUCGAUAUGUGCGACCAGAGCCUCCCUCGAUCAAGGAACUACAAGAUGAUAUUCAGAGACGAGAAAGAAUCCUAUUACUGGCUGAAAUGCAACGGAAGAAAUGGGAGACAGAACAAUCACAAUUAGAUGCGCCUGGGGCACAGCAGCCAGGACCUGCAACCCGGACAAGCGACACGACAUUGAAUGCCGGAGCGGAAGCUGGGAGACAUGCGCCAGGCGCCGAUGCGUCUCGGACAAAAGCGCCAAGCAGCGCCGGAGCGUCAGGCAGCGCCGGAGCGUCGAUUGCCAAAGAAGACCCUUUCUUCAGGCCGAAAGAUGUACCUGGGAAAAAGUGGCAACCCGAGUCUUGGACACCCACGCCUUCUAAGAGGUGA